GAGCUUUCAACGGAUCUCUGGCGUUUAGUUUAGUUUUUAGUACAGAGCCAAAACAAAAAAAAGCUCCCUCUUUUAUCUCCAUCUCUCUGUUUCUGUGUUCGUCAUUGCUGUUUGCUUAACCCCAAUAUGAUCUCCUUGAACCUCUCACCUUCCCUUAACCCGGGUCUAACCCGUCCCCGCCAAAACCCUACCCGUCUCUCCUCUCUCCACUCCGCCGCCGAUAAACCCUUCAACUUCAAAUACCCACUAGGGCUCCCACAGAUCCCCAGUCUCCAGAUUCGCCAAAGUCCCUUCCUUUCAAUCACCAAACGAUCCAGAUCCGUCGCCACCGCCGCCUCCGCCGCGAAUCCAGACUCCGAGGAAGAAGCAGCAGCGGCGGCAGCCACUAAGAAGGCCAAGAAUCUCCAGUUAGCGAUAGUGUUCGGUCUCUGGUACUUCCAGAACAUAGUCUUCAACAUCUUCAACAAGAAGGCUCUCAACGUCUUCCCUUACCCUUGGCUCCUCGCUUCCUUCCAGCUCUUCGCUGGCUCCGUUUGGAUGCUCAUCUUAUGGUCAUUCAAACUCUACCCUUGCCCUAAAAUCUCUAAACCCUUCAUCGUUGCUCUCCUCGGACCUGCAUUGUUCCACACUAUUGGACACAUCUCAGCUUGUGUCUCCUUCUCCAAAGUCGCGGUUUCUUUUACUCACGUGAUUAAAUCAGCUGAGCCUGUGUUCUCUGUGAUUUUCUCGUCUUUCUUGGGAGACACGUAUCCCUUAGCUGUUUGGUUGUCGAUUUUACCUAUUGUUAUGGGUUGUUCUUUAGCUGCGGUUACUGAAGUGUCUUUCAACUUGGGUGGCUUAUCUGGAGCUAUGAUUAGUAACGUUGGGUUUGUUUUGAGGAAUAUUUACUCUAAGAGGAGUUUGCAGAGCUUUAAAGAGAUUGAUGGGUUGAAUCUUUACGGUUGUAUUAGUAUCCUCGCUUUGGUUUAUCUGUUCCCUGUGGCGGUUUUCGUUGAAGGGGGACAAUGGGUUCAGGGUUACCAUAAGGCUAUUGCUUCUGUUGGGAAACCCUCGACGUUUUACAUUUGGGUUUUGCUUUCUGGUGUGUUUUACCAUUUGUAUAACCAGUCUUCUUACCAGGCGCUUGAUGAGAUUAGUCCUUUGACUUUCUCUGUUGGGAAUACUAUGAAGAGAGUGGUGGUGAUUGUCUCCACUGUUUUGGUGUUUAGGAACCCUGUUAGGCCUCUCAAUGCUCUUGGAUCGGCUAUCGCGAUUUUCGGUACUUUCUUGUAUUCUCAGGCCACGGCUAAGAAGAAGAAGAUUGUUGCUGGAGAUGAUGAUGAUAAGAAGAACUAAGGGUUUUGAAGGCAACUUCAAGCGUUUGUUAAAAGGCUUUUGAUUGUUCCUCGGUUUUGUUGUUUUCUUUGUUGUUUGCUUCAUUUCUGUUAAGACUCUUUUAGUUGUUACUAUGAGGUACUUGGCUCUGGUCUGAUUCUAUAAGAAGGGUUUUGAAC